AUGGCGGCUUUUGUUACUAUAUCGAAAAGACCGAUCCUAGGUCUGCCAUUCCUCUUGCCGUCCUGUGAGCCUGCGACUCUGGAGCUGCGACGUGCUCAAUCCACCUACAGACGUACAAAACAACGACUACGUAUCAAGCCAGAUGCUUCAUUCGGCUCAUCAUCGAACAAUACCCAAGCUCAUAUUAUCCACAACCCUCCGUCGAGCGCUCCAUCCGCUUAUCAUACGCCAUUGAAGUUCCUCCCCCCCAACGAUGUGCGCAGAGCGCUCUACAGCGAUGCAUCUUCCAAAUCACAAAAUCCGGAAGCGCUUCCUUCCGUCUUUAAGACGGCGCCAGAGAGAAAGUACCAUUUGACCCGAGAAGACGUUGCAGAAAUUCGCAAACUCCGCUCAAGCGAUCCAAUCCUGUGGAGUCGCUGGAAGCUAGCGAAGCGCUUCAACUGCUCUCCGAUUUUCAUUGCUCAGGCAUGCGAAGCAAGCCCUCAAAAGAAGGAAAUCCAGAGGCAAGUCUUGGAGGCGGUGCAAUCGAGAUGGGGUAAGGCGCGUCGGAUGGCUAGAGAGGAUCGCCAGCUGCGGAAAGAGAGCUGGGGCCGAGACGAAUAA